CAACUGACGGUCACACUGCUGCACAGCUGUAGCUCGCGAGCAAUGUUAUUGUUUUGGCGCUAAAAAUUAUUAAUUCCUGCUCACAAUUUAUUUGUUUUAAGCAUGUCCGCGCAAUACCAAAGAUUUCUAAAAGUACUCGAGAAGUGGCCAGCAGAGAAAACCAAAAUCGGCAGGGAUCUGGGUGAACAAAUCCGCAAGAAGGUAACCAAGCUCACAGGCAGUGAAGCCAGCCUCAGUAGCGAAGCUAGCGCCGAUCUGACCAGACAAAUUGACGCCCUCGAGCGACUGUCGAACAACGUCUACGCCAAGAAGUAUCCGAGGCAAUACGACUCCACAGCCACUGGACUGACAGCUGCCCAGUGCAGCCAAGUGCUCAGCUCUGAGUUUCUGCAGUAUCUAAACGACAAGCCAAAGUAA